GAAACGCCAAACAGCCGAGGGAAUUGCAGACCCCUGAAGCCACUUUGGCAUGCAUCGUUAUUUCAAUCAAAACUUUUCCUUAACUAUUUCCUUAAAAGUUACUUACGGUUGAGACUGAGUGGAGGUACUUGUAAAAAAAGAAAGAAAGAGAGAAAGGCGGGAACCGACGACUGGUACAGCAAACAUGGUAAAUACCUGAUACUCAAUCCAAGUUAGAGUCAACGUUAGCACACCUGCUACACAGAGUAGCGUAGUUACCAGGGUUACAUGAAAUGCACUUUUUCUGUCCCUAAUAAUGUUGAAUGUUUUUGUCUUCUCUCCUGGGACUUGGGAAGAGUCAUCAUCGGACCUACAACCAGCAGCAGCAGAGGUUAAUGUUGAAGCGCCAGGCUCAGGAGCAGCACAGGGUGGAGGAGGCCCGGAUUGUUGACAAAGACAGGCAGCUGCAGGCCAGUGUGCGGGAAGAGGAGAGUUUUGAGAGGAGGAGGUACCUGCGACAGGUACAUGAGGGAUACAGGAAGAAGCAGGUGGAGAUUGAUCUUCUGAAGGUAUGAAGCUGCUGCUCUUGAAUAUGUUCACUGCGACAGAGACCAACACGAUACUUUUCAGUUUUUUUUUCAAGUUUUCCUCAGAUAUUCAUUCAUACUGUACAAGACACUCUAAACAGCUUCACCUUCUGUUUUGUCGGAUUUCCCUCAAAUAAUUCACAAUGCCUUACAGAGGAUCAUGUCUUUGAAACAAUACCUAUAUAUACCCCUUCAACUUUUUCACAUUUUGUCACUCUACAACCACAAACCUAAAAAUAUUUUGUUGAGAUUUUUUGUCAUAGACAAACACAAAGUAGCACAUAUUUGUGAAGUGGGACGAAAAUUAUACAUGGUUUUCAAAAAUUUAAACAAAUAAAAAAUCUGAAAAUACAAAUGUACACCACAGUUUUCAGAUUCCACUUCACAAUUAUGUACUACUUUGUGUUGGUCUUUGACAAAAAAUCUCAAUAAAAUACUUUAAGUUUGUGGUUGUAGAGUGACAAAAUGUGAAAAAGUUGAAGGGGCAUGCACACUUUUUCAAGGCACUGUACAUCUCUACAAUCAGCAUCCACAUUAUCUUUAUUAAAACCUGAAAAGGUCACUAAACUGACAAACUUUCUAAGCACUGACUGUUCUUUUUUUAACUUUUUUUUGCUGCUUAUUAUAACCUUUGUUUUUCCAAAGGGGGAGGAAUCUUAAAAAGCCAUUGUGCGGCCUCUAACCUGGCCGGCAUGAUGUUAAGCUCUUAUUGCUGUCUAUUUUCAUGAAAUUAAAACUUCACCAAAACUGGAUGAAUAUUUCAUCAGGAGAAACCUUAGGCUAAAAAGAUCAUCUUUGUGGUCUGUUGUGACUAGUCUGUAGGCAAAAAGUCUCUUCAUUUUCAUGUGAUAGUGCACAGAAAAGCCAUUUGAUUGGUCUAGUUUAAAAGUAUCAAACUCUGGACAAAGUCGUCUUUCACAACUCUUUGAUGUGUUAUCCAGGCAUUACCACUACACUGAGUGAUCUAAUCUAGAAAUGUAGAUAUGACAGUUUCUGAAAUCAUGCAGGCAGAGGAGGAGAGAACAAACAGAGAAAAACAACUAGAACAAGAAGAGAGGAUAGCCAAAGAGCUGGCCCGCAUCAACCUCGAGAAGCAAAGAGAAGAGAAAAUGAGGCAGCACAUCAGAGAGAACAGGUAAACCUGUCCCACUGCACAGGACGAUGUGUUAAUGCAACAAUUCUUGUCUAGUGUUGUCUCUGCCGUUUCUUCCUCUUAAGGUCUGUUAAUUUUUAAGAAUCUGUUUAAACACUUUCAGCAAGGAGCUUCGAGAGUUGGAGUCAAAGCUGAAAUCUGCAUAUCUGAACAAGGAAAGAGCUGCACAGAUUGCUGAACAGGAAGCCACGAGGUCCGAGACAAUGGUAAGUGCCACCUCAAUGAAUUUAUCACAAAACAAGGAUCCUAUUUUUUAAAAUCUCUUUGAGCUACUCGGGUUUUCAUAAUCAACAGUUCUGUUGGAAAAGGCCUAAUAGCUUCAUGUAUUAUGGCCCAAAUGAAUGAAUGUUUUAAGACAUACAGAUGGGCCAGCUUAAGACCUGAACAGAAAAACAGAAGUAUGUUCUUGUUUGGCCUCACAAUGCACUUCAAAUGUCAAAAAAAGAAAGAAAUAGAAGGUGAAAAUUGUCGGAACAAAAUCAUAUGAAUUUAAAAUCACAAGCUUUCCAUCACAUGUACUUUUUUGGACAGCGUGAGGAGGCAAACUUUGCUCGUGUGAUGAGGCGAGAACAUGAGCGAACAGCUGCUGAGCAGCGGAAGCUGGAGCAGGAACGCCAAGAGGAGGCGGCCCAGUAUCAGAGAGACCUGGAGCGGCAGCUGAUGGAGAGAGAGCUCAGGAGACAAGAGGCAUACGAGGAGUUCCUCAAAGAGAAGCUCAUGGUGGAUGAGAUUGUUAGGAAGAUUUAUGAAGAGGAUCAGAUGUGAGUGAUCAUUAAUUAUCAAUGCUUGAAAGUAUCAAACUGUCCAUACUCGACUUGAUUCAUUUUAGUUUCACGCUGUCAUGUUUGUUUUAAUUGAUACUUAAUGUUGUGUUCCUUCAGGGAGAGGCAGCUGAAACUGGAGAAGGUCCGAGCUACUCAACAGUACAUUGAAGAUUUUAAGAGACAGCAGGCUGAGUGGAGACGCAUGGAGCAAGAGCAGAUGGAGGCAGAGAACAGACGUAUCAUGGAGUUUUCCAGCCAUCAGCAGCACAUGGAGGAGGCCAGGAUGGCAAAGCUGAAGGAGCGUGAAAAAGCGAAGGAGCAUCUGCUGAAACUAGUUGAGACACCACUUUCAAAGACUAUCUGUUGGGCUUUUUGGAUUUUAUUUUCGGGGGAGGGGGGCUCAUGCUGGGAGCAAGAAUUAAUAACCUGUUUGAUGAGGAUUGCAUGAGGUGCCCACUCUGCCAAAUGAGUCAAACCAGCACCCUGUGACAACGUUUUCUUUAUUUUUAUGAAGCAUCUUUUUUAUUUGUUUGUUUAAUGAGAUUUUGUUCUUAACUGGUCUUUGUUUUUUUCUGCAGCUGACUGAGAAGAUAGAAGAAGAAAGGAAGCAGCAUGAAGAUAUGGAGCGAGUGCGCGAGGAACUUUGUUUAGAAGAACAAGAAGAGGCUAAUAGGCUGAAAGAGAUUGUAAGUACAACUGUUUUACUGUCACGUUUCUAACCAUUCACAAGAAAGAUGUCUGCUGAGUUUACACCAAUAGUGGUUCAACAAAUAAUAUUUUAUAUAUAGUCAGUGAUAAACAACGAAAUAUCAGUUACUGUUCAAGCUCUAAAAGUGAAUGAACAUUUUUAUUGGAUAAACGACCCAUUAAUUCAUAAGUCAGUGCAUCACUGGAACACAACAAUACUCAUAUGCUAUGUCCCAAUCUGCAUUUUUUUAAAUUACAGUCAAAGUUUUAAAAUCCUGAUUUAUAAAGAAGUUAUGAAUAAUUAAGUCCUCAUAAUUACGUGAAAAGAAUUUAUGUGAAUCUUUUUCUGUUUACUAUAUUGAGCUCUUUCUUAAUGAACAGUACCUUUUUAACCUCAGAGAAAUUCACCAAGCCUAGUGUUCUCCUUGGCUUGACUUUAUAAGUGACUCUAAAUUUGUUUUUCAUACUUUUGUCUCUCAGGAAGAGAUGGAGAAGAAAAUCAGACAACGGCUGAUGAUGCAGCAGACAUACCAGGAGCAAAUGGCUUUCAAAGAGAUGCGGAGGCAGGCAGAGAAAGAGGAAGAGGAGGCCUUCAGGAAAAUGAUGAUGGCAAAGUUUGCUGAGGAUGACCGCAUUGAGCAGAUGAAUGCUCAGAAACGGCGCAUGAAGCAACUUGAGCACAAGCGUGAGGUUGAGAAACUAAUAGAGGACAGAAGGCGGCAGAUUCAAGCAAACGUGGUACGGGACAUAAUUCAUGUGUGCUUUAUUACACUGAGAAUAGAGUGUUUCAAGUGUAGUUUAACUGUCACUACCCGUCAUGCUUGCAUUGCACUGUUGUAUGAAGCAGGUCUUAGCAUGUCAUGUUUAACACUUGACGUCUUAAAUACAAAGAUUCAUUGGCAAAGGUUUACCAACUUAAACACAAAAAUAAGGCAACAUAUCACUCACAUAAUAUUUUGCACAACUUAGCUUUGAAUUCAGUGCUCCAAUCACAGCAGUGAUCUCUUAUGUUAAGGAACUGGAGGCCAAAGAAAGAGCAAUGGAGCAGGAGAGGGAGGCACUGCGCAGACGUAUAGUUGAAGAAGAGAGACAGCGACUUCUAAAACGUCAUGCAACAAAACUCAUUGGCUACCUGCCAAAGGUAUGAGGCAGUGUUUAAAUCUUAAUCAUGCAACAUGCAUAGACAUCUGCAGCUGAAAUAACUAUGUGACCAUAACGCCAUCCUUUCCAGGGUUUGCUCCGUGAAGAAGACCUCGAGCACUUUGAUGAAGACUUCAGAAAAAACUUUCAAGCACGCCAGACAGAUCUCUUCUCUGAAGACAGCUGGGAAAGUGCUGAGUAAAUCUGAGAGCUGAAAUUCUGUGGUAUGCCACUAGAUGGCAGAUUGAAGAUGACUGUGAAUUUAGUAGAAAUCAAAGUGACCAUAAAGUUCUUAAUUUUUAAAAUGUAUUCAUAAAGCACUUGUUUAACAAUCAUUAACAACAGAAUAAGUGGGUAAAAUGCUUUUAUUUGGGUUGUGCUACAGGGCCUUUAAUAAAAUGGUUUUAAAAAGACCUGAGAUUGUAAAUUUCAAGAAACCCCACGAGCUGUAGCCUUAGACCGUCCACCAUGAAGAUAUGAAAGACAAAGCUCUCCGUUUUUAUGGCUGCCCCCAGUCUAGAGCUUUCAUGAACUCGUCUUCAGUGAACGACAGCAGCUUUGCAGCUUCAAAAUGCAUCUGCAUAAAAGAAAGAAAGAACAGGUUUUAGGAUGACAGACUCUGAACAGGGCGCAGAUUAACAUGAUAUGGAAAAGUUUUUUACCUUUUGUCUUUUGAGGAUGUCAAUAAGCUUGAGCUGUUUCUUGAAGCCCACAAUGAGCUCUGAUUUCUGUUUCUUCAGCAUUUUGUUCUCAGCAAGUAUGCUUUCUUUACUCUGAAGUUCCUCCCUUGACUUGUCCUUUAAAAAAAAUAAAGAUUGAUAUUAGUAAAAAAAAUAA